AUGUUUGAUGCAAAGGCGAAGGGCGCUAUGGCGACUCACAUCAAGUUGUGCAUGCGGGAGUUUGAGGAGCAGGAAGGCAACAGGAUAUAUGAAGAGUGUCUCUUGAAAAGAGAGCACAAAGUACGAAAGCGAAUUGACUGUGAGGUUCAUGCCAUCGCUGAAGCAUCCACCUCAAUCCCCACCCGCACCAUGACUUUCAAUUCCGACAACAAAGUACCAGACAUCCAUAUGAAGUUCAGACUCUCUAUCGAGCUCAAAUACCGAGUUGUCAAUGGUGGACUCGAGAUGCGUGUUACCACUGCCUAUAUCAAUGAACUUCUCAUUGACUUGAUUGCGUGGCAAUCCCAUGGAAUUCAAGACCGAGUUUCACCCGAAGAGUUGACGGGCCAAGGCGACUUGCUACAAUUCAUACGAGAUGUUCCGCUCCCAGUCGCAUAUACCCGAGCCCUCAUCAAGGAGACAACAGAGAAGAAGAAGGAUAUCACCUUCAAAACGGCCAAGGAUCUGCGGGAGACUUGCGACAAGGUGGCAAAGGAGUUUAUGCUUGAAUGGAGCCUCGAUCUCCUCCAUAACGAACAGCUCGCCCCGCACUUCGUAUGGGAUGCUCAAUGCAUGUACAAGCAUAAUGGAAAAUUGGGUGAUGACGGCCACUAUGUGAGAUUUAUCAAUGAGCCUUGGACCGCAGAUCAAUGGUGGGAUAUCCAGGUUAGUUCAUUAUACUCUUCCAUGGCGAAGUUUAACCCAAAUUAUGAGAAGGAGUCGCUGCCCCAAUACGCAGACGGACCAUCAGUACCGCUUGCCUAUGUUUUUUAUGCUGAUAAAACCUGCUCGUCCAGUGCCGGGAAUGUACAGGGAUAUCCGAUAGUUGCUCGAUGUGCAAAUCUUCCAGCAGACAUUCAAAAACGGAUGAGGAGUGGGAGGCAGACGUGUUGUUGGGUGGCUACCUUUUCUACAGUGAAGCUUCCAGAGGAUGCAGAGAAAGAUAAGACCCUCGGCUGGACAAUGCUCAAGCGUGUUGUCUGGCACAAGUCAGUGGCAAAGAUGUUUGCUGGGGCAAAGCACUCCUCCCAGAACGGUUUUUACUUCUCAGAUUGUUGUGACGGCAUCCCUUGCUGGUUAUUCCUGGUGAUACUCAUUCUGUCAGCAGACUACAAAGAGCAACUUUACCUUGGGAGAAUGGCUAAGAAGAAAGCAGCAAAAGCUGCGCUUGAAAAGGAGAGCCGGCAGCCUGUUGAGAGUGCUUUUUGGCUGCUUCGCAGCUCUGAACCCGCCGAUGCAGUGACUGUUGAUCACCUGCACGCAUUCCACCAUGGUGUAUACAGAAAGCACAUUUAUCCUGAGCUCCUCAAGAUUCUCGGCAGCUUCGAAAAGAGCCGCAAGUACCUGGGGAAGCUAGACAAGCAGUCUAUAUCGAGGCAGCAAAAGCAGCAAAAUCAAGGAUAUCAGACAUCAAAACUAUCUGGGAUUUUCCAAAGAACCACACCAUCCUCAAACACGCCGUCAACGACCUUUGUAAGAAGGGUACCAGUCGCCACUCAAGUACAAGGGUCAAUGAAGGAGUACACCCUCCAUUCAAAGAAUCUUAUUUUCUUUGAUGUAACGGCUCAAAGCAAGAUCUCCAAUGACCAUGAUGACUGGCUUGGUCCGGACUUCGCGGGCCAUUUUACUAUUGGCUUGCCCUCCCGACCUCAAACGGUCAAAGAAGUCGUUACCUCGCAUUGCACUCGGGAUCGGGCAUUCAUCAAUUUCCGCAAGGCUCUCAAAGGUUACAUUAAAAACAUUUGCCUUCAGGAUCGCAAGUACAGCGGCAAUGCCAUGAAGAUCCGCGACCACUUCAUGGUUCAGGAGCACCGCUAUCUGAAGGUCAACUGCGAAUCUCAGGAAGAUUGGAAGCUAUCUACAGAUCUCCUCCGGUGCAUGCCCAGCUUCUUUGACAAGCCAAGGUACAACUGUGUGAUUGCUCACCUUGAUGGCAACCCAGACGUAUAUGGUAUUGUUCAUUUGAUUUUCCCUUUCAAGUUCACUGUCCCCGAGCUUGGAGCAGCCAGCAAGCCUUUCCAUGCAGUCCUUGUACAGUGGUACACUGCUGUGGUGGAUGCAGAUAAGGGCAGUUGCACUCGUUGCAUUGACACUGACCUUGGUUUCCUUCAAGUCAAGGCCCAGCCCCGCUCCGAUGCCUUCGUAAUCCCCAUUGACUCCAUCAUCCGAGGCGCCCUCCUGUUCCCUGAUUUCCAGUGA